CCCAGCUCGGCCAGUCAAUAGUAGUUAGCGCUAAUGAAGUGUUUGGCACGCAACAAGUUGGCAAUUGACUUUAGUUAUUUAUUUGCAUGCGCUCCAAGCGCCGAGAAACAGCUGUUUAGUGAAUAGUUUACAAAUUUUUCAUUUUAUUUACACGGAACAUUGUGUUUUUCCACGCGGCGCGUGCAUAUUUUGCAUCACACUUGAAACACAAUGGUCUACAUCGAGGACAACGGUGAACCAGGCUGCAAAACAGCGCUGGAAGUAAAUCAGCGAUUUCGAAAUUUCGAAGAUCCCACCUCAUAUUGGCAAUGCACUCUACAGGGUGAACCAGCCAAAACGGUGCGCUGUGAACCGAAUAAACUCUACUCGGAAGAGCAGCAACAAUGCAUUGACUGGAAGAAAUGGCAUUGGACGGAUCCCAAAGAGCCACCCAGUCGACCAACUAAAGCAAAAAAGUGAAGAGGGAGCAAAAUAUUGAAGAGUAGACUGUAAAAAUGUAGCACGCACAUCAAAUUGAGUGUAGCAAGACAACUUAGCUGUAGUUUAUGAAUAUAUCUUAGUUAAUAUUAAAGAAUUCCAAAUCAAAUGAGUUAAUACAAAGAAACUGAAAAAAAUAUUUACAAAUAAAUUAAAAGUGUUCAAUUUAA